AUGAGGUCCAAUGGGGUCGCCAGCCCCUGGCAGAGCCCCCUUCGCCUCCAGCGUAGCCUCCUCCUCACCCAGGUCCAGAGCAACGUCUCAACUGGCCAGGCCGUGGCAGUGGAGCUGGUUCUGACCCUGCAGUUGGUGCUCUGUGUUUUUGCUUCCACCAACAACCGUCAAGCAUCUGGCUCCCCAGCUAUCGUGAUUGGGAUCUCUGUGGCAUUGGGCCAUCUCAUUGGGAUCUACUUCACCGGCUGCUCCAUGAACCCGGCCCGCUCCUUUGGCCCCGCCAUCGUGGUUGGGAAGUUCACGGUCCACUGGAUCUUCUGGGUGGGACCCCUGACAGGAGCUGUCCUGGCUUCGCUGAUCUACAACUUUAUCCUGUUCCCUGACACCAGAACCAUGGCCCAGCGACUGGUCAUCCUCAUGGGCACUGAAGAAGUGGAGAAAAUGACAGGGGUGGAGCCCGAGAAGAAAGAAUCCCAGUGCAGUUCAGGGGAUACUGAAAUGGGGAAUGCAUGUCAGGUGGUAUAG